AUGGGUCAGGCACAAAGUUUAGCCGAUUCUCUACCGGAUGUGGAUAGCGUUCAUAUGCAAGUUGUACGGCAUACAAAAGUUCUCUCGGAAAUAAAUUCCUUAACCUAUGAAGAGUUCAAAACUUGUUUGGGUAAUUUGAAUGCACUAUCCCGCAAAUGCAUUGACCCAAAUGGCAAGCAACUAGUGUUUUUGGUUAAGAAUGGUACAGACACAUCACUACUGUGGAAAGCUACCGUUAAAAUAGCCUGUGUAAAAGUCAAUCCUGAAACGAGACAAAUCGAUUCAUAUAAAUUUCUAAAUCUCAAGCAAUUUUUGUGUGUAUUCAAAACGUUUCAAGCCCAUUUGGAGAGUCUGGUGAGCAGUGAACAGCAAAGGGAACAACGACGCGACUCACAAUCAACACCUGAUGACGAAGAAGAGUCAAUUAAUAGCGGCAGCCAAAGACAUCCAUUACCAUCACAAUUUACCACCUCAAUGUUUAUGAAUGCCAUUGGCAAUAGUUCAAACAGUAGCAGCGGUCUAAGUAGUCCAUCGGUAUCAACAUGUGCUGCCCAUAAUGAUCAUAUCGACGAAUGCUCAAUAUGUUUGGAUAGACAAACUGAAGUAAUACUACCAUGUACACAUUCCUUUUGUACACCAUGUAUUGAACAAUGGAACGUUAACAAUAAAACAUGUCCAAUUUGUUGUGAAAGUCUGGAAAGUACCGAUGAAACAUGGGUUAUGUCUAACAUUCCUGAUGUUGAGGAAAUUAAUGAAGAAAUUUGUGCAGAAUUUAUGAGUUUGGGCAAAGAGAAAUUUGUGCAAUUCUCUUGUGAAACAACAAUAAUAUCAACAACAACAAGUAUGAAGUCAAGCAACGAUGUUCUUCUAUUAACCAACAACAAAGACAACGACGACAAGUAUUAA